CUGUUUAGCUGGUUGCAGUAUAUAUACCGGUGGACGCCAGCUCCAGCACCAGUAGCCACUGUAGCAGUUCCAGGGCACAUAGUGUCCUCCCUUAGCUCAUCUACUAUGAAGCCGCACACCAUCGCUGUCCUGGUCUUGGCCGCCCUCCUUUUUUCUGUGACAUCAAGCCAUCUGCAUGAUGUAACCGGCGGUCUUGGAGGCCGUGCAAGGCUUGGAAUUGGUGCCGGACUUGACGUUGGUGCCGGACUUGACGUUGGUGCUGGGCAUGGAGUUGGUGCUGGGCAUGGAGUUGGUGCUGGGCAUGGAGUUGGUGCUGGGCAUGGAGUUGGUGCUGGGCAUGGAGUUGGUGCUGGGCAUGGAGUUGGUGUUGGGCAUGGAGUUGGUGUUGGGCAUGGAGGGGGUGUUGGGCAUAGAGGGGGUGUCAGAUAUGGAGGUUAUAGCUGGUCUCAAGGUGAUGUCAGACAUGGAGGAGGUGUCGGACAUUUUGAUUAUGGCAGGCCUGGAGGCGGUGUCGGACUUGGAGUUGGUGCUAAUCUUGGAGAUAAUGUUGGACUUGGAGCUGGUGCCAGAUCAGGAGGUGAUGUCGGACUUGGAGUUGGUGGCAGGCUUGGAGGUGAUGUCGGACAUGGAGUUGGUGGCAGGCUUGGAAGUGAUGUCGGACUUGGAGUUGGUGGCAGGCUUGGAGGUGAUGUAGGACUUGGAGUUGGUGGCAGGCUUGGAGGUGGUGGCAGGCUUGGAGGUGAUGUCGGACUUGGAGUUGGUGGCAGGCUUGGAGGUGAUGUCGGACUUGGAGUUGGUGGCAGGCUUGGAGGUGGUGGCAGGCUUGGAGGUGAUGUCGGACUUGGAGUUGGUGGCAGGCUUGGAGGUGAUGUUGGACUUGGAGGUGGUGGCAGGCUUGGAGGUGAUGUCGGACUUGGAGGUGGUGGCAGGCUUGGAGGUGAUGUCGGACUUGGAGGUGGUGGCAGGCUUGGAGGUGAUGUCGGACUUGGAGGUGGUGGCAGGCUUGGAGGUGAUGUCGGACUUGGAGGUGGUGGCAGGCUUGGAGGUGAUGUCGGACCUGGAGAUAGUGCCGAGCUUGGAGGUGAUGUCGGACUUGGAGGUGGUGGCAGGCUUGGAGGUGAUGUCGGACAUGGAGUUGGUGGCAGGUUUGGAGGUGGUGGCAGGCUUGGAGGUGAUGUCGGACUUGGAGGUGGUGGCAGGCUUGGAGGUGAUGUCGGACUUGGAGGUGGUGGCAGGCUUGGAGGUGAUGUCGGACCUGGAGAUAGUGCCGAGCUUGGAGGUGAUGUCGGACUUGGAGGUGGUGGCAGGCUUGGAGGUGAUGUCGGACUUGGAGUUGGUGGCAGGCUUGGAGGUGGUGGCAGGCUUGGAGGUGAUGUCGGACUUGGAGGUGGUGGCAGGCUUGGAGGUGAUGUCGGACUUGGAGGUGGUGGCAGGCUUGGAGGUGAUGUCGGACUUGGAGGUGGUGGCAGGCUUGGAGGUGAUGUCGGACCUGGAGAUAGUGCCGAGCUUGGAGGUGAUGUCGGACUUGGAGGUGGUGGCAGGCUUGGAGGUGAUGUCGGACUUGGAGUUGGUGGCAGGCUUGGAGGUGGUGGCAGGCUUGGAGGUGAUGUCGGACUUGGAGGUGGUGGCAGGCUUGGAGGUGAUGUCGGACUUGGAGGUGGUGGCAGGCUUGGAGGUGAUGUCGGACUUGGAGGUGGUGGCAGGCAUGGAGGUGAUGUCGGACCUGGAGAUAGUGCCGAGCUUGGAGGUGAUGUCGGACUUGGAGGUGGUGGCAGGCUUGGAGAUGAUGUCGGACUUGGAGUUGGUGGCAGGCUUGGAGGUGGUGGCAGGCUUGGAGGUGAUGUCGGACUUGGAGUUGGUGGCAGGCUUGGAGGUGGUGGCAGGUUUGGAGGUGAUGUCGGACUUGGAGGUGGUGGCAGGCUUGGAGGUGAUGUCGGACUUGGAGGUGGUGGCAGGCUUGGAGGUGAUGUCGGACCUGGAGAUAGUGCCGAGCUUGGAGGUGAUGUCGGACUUGGAGGUGGUGGCAGGCUUGGAGGUGAUGUCGGACUUGGAGGUGGUGGCAGAUCUGGUGGUGAUGUCGGACUUGUAGGUGGUGCCAAGCCUAGAGGUGAUGUCGGACUUGAUGGUGGCGCCAAGCCUGGAGGUGUUGUCGGACUUGGAGGGGGUGCUAGUCUUGGAGGUGAUGUCGGACUUGGAGGUGGUGCCAAGUCUGGAGGUGAUGUCGGACUUGUAGGUGGUGCCAAGCCUGGAGGUGAUGUCGGACUUGAUGGUGGCACCAAGCCUGGAGGUGUUGUCGGACCUGGAAGUGGUGCUAGUCUUGGAGGUGAUGUCGGACUUGGAGGUGGUGCCAAGUCUGGAGGUGAUGUCGGACUUAGAGGUGGUGCUAGUCUUGGAGGUGAUGUUGGACUUGGAGGUGGUGCCAAGUCUGGAGAUGAUGUCGGACUUGGAGGUGGUGCUAGUCUUGGAGGUGCUGUCGGACUUGAAGGUGAUGCCAAGGCCGGAGGUGAUGUCGAACUUGGAAGUGGUGCCAAGUCUGGAGGUGAUGUCGGACUUGGAGGUGGUGCAAAGUCUGGAGGUGAUGUCGGACUUGGAGGUGGUGCUAGUCUUGGAGGUGAUGUCGGACUUGGAGGUAGUGCCAAGCCUGGAGGUGAUGUCGGACUUGGAGGUGGUGCAAAGUCUGGAGGUGAUGUCGGACUUGGAGGUGGUGCCAAGCCUGGAGGUGAUAUCGGACUUGGAGGUGGUGCUAAGGCUGGAGGUGAUGUCGGACAUGGAGGUGGUGCCAAACCUGGAGGUGAUGUCGGACUUGGAGGUGGUGCUAAGGCUGGAGAUGAUGUCGGACUUGGUGGUGGUGCCAAGCCUGGAGGUGGUGUCGGACUUGGUGGGGGAGCCAAGCUUGGAGGUGAUGUCGGACUUGGAAGUGGUGCUAGUCUUGGAGGUGAUAUCGGACUUGGAAGUGGUGGCAGGCUUGGAGCUGGUGCCGGAGUUGGAGGUGAUGUCGGACUUGGCUUUGGUGUCGGACUUGGAACUAGUGCCGGAUUUGGAGGUAAUGUCUGACUUGACGGCAGGCUACGAGCUCGUGCCGGAGAUUGAGACGUUGUCGGACUUGGAGUUGUGCAAGGCCUGGAGGUGAUAUCGGACUGAUAUGGAGGUAGUGCCAGACCUGGAGGUGAUGUCCUAUUUGGAGCUGGUGACAGGCUUGGAGUUGGUGCUAAUCUUGGGGGUGAUGUUGGACUUGAAGUUGGUGCCAGGCAUGGCGGUGAUGACAAGCUUGGCGUUGGUGCUGGACUUGGAAUUGAUGUCAGGGCUGGAACUGGUGCUGGAGUUCUAGGUGGUGUCAGACUUUAAGAUGGUGUCACACAUUAAGGCGGUGUCGGACUUUAAGUUGCUGUCGAACUUUAAAGUAGUGGCGAACAUGAAAUUGAUAGCGUACUUGGAGACUGUGGUUGACUUGGGAGGAUGAGGCGGACUUAGAGGUGGUGGUAGAUUUUGAAGUGGCGGUGAAACUGAUGGUGGACGGGCCCUUGGACGUGGUAAUUGCAUCGGCGGUGAUGAUAUGUGUAGGUGAUAUAGUGAGAGGAAUAAUGAUCAUGGUCGCGGUGGUGGAACUUACUGACAGCAGGUUUAACGGCGGCAGCGGCUGGAAAGUAAGUCACAAUUAUCGAAUAUUUAUUCAUUAUUUUAUAUUUCAUUAGUAACAUUGAUCACAUUACCGAACGUCUUUUCUCUGUUGUUUUAUAAAUAAUGUAAUUACCAGGACUUUACGACUGCCGCAGUUCAAUUUUUUAAGCUGUUUUCUUGUUUAUGUUUAUUUAUUUCCAGGAAAUCAUGGCUACUAGUCGUCGACCUCCUCAACAUUUCUAGCCGCCGAUCUCAACGUUACUAGUCACUGGCAGCUUUAACAUCACCAGUCAUUGAAACUUUCAACAUUUAAAUCAGUCGUCGACAGCAUCAACAUCGCAUUUCGCCAGCAACCACAAUGUCUCCAGUGGUCGACAACCUCAACAUCUCCAGUAAUAAUCAACCUCAACAUCAGUCAUCGACAACCUCAGCAUCACCAGUCGUCGACAGCCUAUACAUCUCCAAAUGUCGACAAAUUUAACAUCACUAAUCGUCGACAACGUUAAGCAUGUCCUUGCACCGACAGCCUCAACGUCUUCAGUUAUAGAGAGCUUCAACAUCUCUAGUUACAGAUAACCUCAACAUCAGUCAUCGACAACCUCAACAGCACCAGUGGUCGAUGCAUUUAACAUCUACAGUCGUGGACAACCUCAUCAGUCGCCAACUACUUUACUUUUAACAGUUGUCAGCAACCUCAGUAUGCACCAGUUGACCACAACCUCAACAUCAGUAGUCGCCAACAACCUGAACAUCACUAAUUGACCACACCCUGAACAUUUCAGUCACCAACAACCUGAACAUCAACUGUCGUCGGCAAUCGGAACAAAAUCAGUUGCCAAUAGCCUAAACAUCAUCAGUCACCAAUAGCCAAAACAUCACCAGUCGUCGACUAUACCUUAACAUCACCAGUCAUAGACACCCUCAACAUCACUAAUACCAUCACCAGUCGUCAACAACCUGAACAUCACCAAAUGUCAACAACCUAAACAUCACCAGUUAUCAACAACCUCGACAUCAGGAGUCGUCGACAGCCUUACCAUCAUUAGUUGUUAGUAGUAUAAAAGGAGACAAGAACGAAGCGUUUUGUUUUUUUGCGACACUUCGCUACAGUCACCUUAUUCUUUUCCAUGAAAUGUGAUGCUUCGCUUCUGUCUCCUUAUUAUCUCCAUAAAAUGCGACGCUCCGCUUAUGUCUCCUAAUUUGUUUCCACGAAAGGCAACGCUUCGCUUCUGUCUUUUUAUUUUUUCCAUGAAAGGCAAAGCUUCAUUCCCGCCCGGGUCAUUUUUAGCUACCUCGUGACACUGUUCUCAUUUGGGUCAUUUUUUUAGUUAUCUCGACGACGUUUCGUUUCUGGCCCCACUAAUUUUUCCAUCAACUUCGGCGACGCUUCAUUUCUGGCCCCUAAAUUUUUCCUGUGGAGAUUAAACGGCUUCCUUCUGUCUCCUACUAUUUUUCCUGUGGAGAUUAAACGGCUCCCUUCUGUCUCCUACUAUUUUUCCCAUGGAGAUUAAAUGGCCCCUCCUGUCAUCCCUAAAUUUAGUUACCUCGGUGACAUGUGUGGAUCGAGUCAUCCCUAAUGUUCAAUAGUGUUACUAGCCAGCCAGUCUUUAUCUUCCCUCAAAAAGUCCCGUUUUCCAUAAUUACAUAUUUAAUCCCAUUUUCAGAAUUAUUUCCAUUUUCAAAGACUAAUUAUUUCUAGUUUAAAGAUCGCAUACUAAACUUAAAAAUGAAAUUGCAGAAGGCCUUUUGGGGGAACCAUACAAUAUAUCCUAUAUAUUUACACCCAUGUUGAACAAAUUAUUAACGACCACUCUGAAAAUGGAAUAAGCUGCAGAAGGUCUGUACCUGAGAAGCAAGGAAAAUAGCACAAUGUUCACACCCUCGAAUUUGUCCAUAUAAUUCCCAAAUAAAUGAUAAACUUA